GAUAAUUUGGAGAACAUCUGUCGCCUAUCUUGAGGCUGAAAAGUGCAAAAUGAAUUCGCUCGAGCUGCUAAAUUUGCUACAACUGUCAGACAGUGCUUUUCCAAUCGGAAGUUUUUCACAUAGCUGUGGCCUAGAAUCUGCUGUUCAACAUGGUCUAAUCAAGUCAAAGGAUAACUUAAGAAGUGUUAUAGUUGCUUGUUUAGAAAACACAGGAUCUUUUAGUUUACCCUUUGUUACUGAAGCUUAUAAUAAAAGUGCGGACUCAGAGGAGAUUCAAAGAUUAGAUAAUUUUCAUCAUAUAUCUGUAUCUAAUCAUGUAGCUAACAGAGCCUCAAGUAAACAGGGCAAGUCUUUGUUAAGAACAGUUGUACAGGUUUAUCAAUUUGAUGAGUUAAUAUCAUUAUCUAAACACCUUCAACAUUGUCAUUAUGCUGUUCUGUUUGGUGUGACAUUCUCAGUAGUUGGGAUGGACUUAAAAACAACCCAGGCUGCUUUUAUGUCUGGUGUUUUAAGAACUAUAAUUUCUAGUGCUGUUAGAUUAGAUCAAAUUGGACCAAUUGAGGCGCAGAAAAUACAACUAGAUUUACUGACCAUCAUUCCAGAUAUAAUUCUAAGAAAUGAUAACAAAACCUCGGCUGACGCCUCGAUUAAAUCACCAAUACUUGAUAUUUCACAGAAUUCACACGAUACUCUCUUCUCUAAAUUGUUUUAUUCCUGAAAGUAGUUUGACUAAAGAAAUCAGUUAACCAAUGAACCUGAUAUGCGGUACUCAAAUCAUAUCGUUGGUGUGCUUGCUCUACAAUAAUUGGGUGAUACGAAGCAUGUACAGUUUUCAACCUGUGAAAACCCUCAUCUAAUGAAGCUAUAUAAUUAUAAUGUCUUAUCAAAGAAUAUUAGUCUCUAAUUUUUUUCUCAAUUUUCAGCUGGAUCUCAAUGAAAUAUUUCACUUUCUCCAUAGAACCAUAGAUGCCUAUUUUAAUACGUCCACAAAUUUAUUAUCAUAUCGUUCAUGUCUGCGUAUGGGGGGGGGGGGGGGUCGUAAUUCUGAACGGGUCGUCUUAAAACUAUGACUUGGUUAUUCCUUAUACCUCAAGGAUGACGCCUACUGGUUGCGGUGCAUCUUGGAACUUGGCAUAGUUAUAACUUAUACCCUGUUGAUUUUGGUCCAACAGGAGCGGUGCAACACCCAUUUUUUUGGUUAAUAUUUUGUCUGUAAAUACUCUACAGUAUUAACAGACUUUGUUCGAUUUUGGGCAUAUUCAAUCAUUCUAAUAACAUUAUCCACGAUAUUAUGGACAGGUUGAUUUAAUUAAAUUUUUUACAUAUGAAAGAGUAAUAACCACGGGUAAAAUCAUAAAAAACGGGCCAUUUUCUCCCUUCAUAAUAAAACCAGGCUAAAACAGGAGGUGUACCUGAUUGGUGUUUGGUAUCAUCAAUGCACAUAGAAAAGAACCCGCGUGGAUAAGCGAAAUUCUCGCAGGAAAAAACCCCACAUAGCUGAAUCUGUGGAUUAUUUACAAAUAAAAAACUGUUAAUUAGGAACCAACAGACCUGUUUUUAUACGCCCACAUUUUCAUGUGGACGUAUAUUGUCGUCGCCCCUGUCCGUCCGUCCAUAAUUGUUUGUGAACAGUCUACAGGUCACAAUUUUUAUCCGAUUUCAAUGAAACUUGAAAUAUAGGUUUAUCACCCUAAGAUCUCGGUUCCUUUCGAUAUUGGCAUCUAUCGGACCGUAACUUCAUGGAUUAUGGCCCCUGAUUGUACGAAAAAUCACGUUUUUGGCUUGUGAACACUGUAGAGGUCACAAUUUUUAUCCGAUUUUGUUGAAACUUGAAAUGUAAGUUUAUAACCCAAAGAUCUCGGUUCCUUUCGAUAUUCGCGCAUAUCGGACCGUAACUUCCUGAAUUAUGGCCCCUGAUUGUACAUAAAAACGCAUUUUUUGGCUUGUGGAUCCUAUAGAGGUCAUAAUUUUUAUCCGAUUUAAAAAAACGUUUUAUUAUAUCACCGUUAAACCCUAAGGACGGUUGAGUUCGAAUUUCGUGAAAAUCAGUCCAAAACUGACAGAUAAAAUUUUUAUCCGAUUUUGUUGAAACUUGAAAUGUAAGUUUAUAACACAAAGAUCUCGGUUCCUUUCGAUAUUCGCGCAUAUCGUACCGUAACUUCAUGAAUUAUGGCCCCUGGUUGAACGCAAAAACGUGUUUUUUGGCUUGUGGACCUUAUAGAGGUCAUAAUUUUUAUCCGAUUUAAAAAACCGUGUUAAUAUAUCACCGUUACACCCUAAGGGCGGCUGAGUUUUUGUUGAAACUUGAAAUGUUUGUUUAUAACAGAACGAUCUUGGUUCCUUUCGAUAUUCGCGCACAUCGGACCGUAACUUCAUGAAUUAUGGCCCCUUAUUGUAUGACAAAUCGCGUUUUUAGCUUUUGGACCAUAUAGAGGUCAUAAUUUUUAUCCGAUUUAAAAAAACGUUUUAUUAUAUCACCAUUAGACCCUAAGGUCGGUUGAGUUCGAAUUUCGUGAAAAUCGGUCCAAAACUGACAGAUAAAAUGGCCGCCGUUCGUUCUCAAAUAGUGUAAAAAUAUGGUAUAUCAAGGUUGUGGACCCUAUAGAGGUCACAAUUUUUAUCCGAUUUUGUUGAAACUUGAAAUGUAAGUUUAUAACCCAAAGAUCUCGGUUCCUUUCGAUAUUCGCGCAUAUCGAAUUGUAAUUUUCUGAAUUAUGGCCCUUGAUUGUAGGAAAAAUCACUUUCGUUUAGCUUGUUUUCUAUCCAUCUCUCGAAAAUGUGGGCGUAUACUGCCUGGCAGCCGCUGGUUUUAUGUUUAAAAAACCUCAGACUUGGUAUUUAGACUGGCGGUCGACUGAACUACAUUCCACAAAGUCUGCUCGUACCAGGAAACCGUUUGUUGACACAAUGUUUUUCCGAGAAUAAGUGUUCAUACUGGUCAUACCUCCUGAUGCUUUGACUUUGUUAUCAAGUUUGGCAAACUGCGAUUCGCACCCUAAGUUCGUGAGUGACGCGUAUUUCAAUUUAUCAAAAUCGACGAAUUCAGUUUCUAGCUCGCAAUCGAAGAAGUCCAUUUCACUCAAUUGCCUGUUGAUGGUAACUAGCACUUCCUCUAACACAGCACCUAUCAGUUUUCCUUUACCAGUUGAUGUUCUGGAGAAGUCUGCACUGAGUUUUCUCAGUUUGUCGACUUUUUCAUUGAAAGAGUGGAAUGCAGUUCAGUCGACCGCCAGUCUAAAUGGAAAUGGGCCAGAAACUCAAACGAAGUCAAACUAGUAAAACAACUAGAGAGGGACUUUCUUGAAAAUGUAAAACUGAUGAAAACUUUGGCAAUCAAUCGGAAAGAUUAGUUGAAAAAAAAGAAAGUUCUGAAGACCUUACAGCUCCUAAGUACUUGUAAGAAACACGGUGGACCUGUAACACCGGAGAAUAUGAACAUCCUCAAACAGCUAACAGACAAAGAACUCCUCUCCGAGAUCGCCUACAUUCGUGCUACAAUUGCUAAUGAUAUCAGACAGAAACGGAGAAUAAAAAUGGACAAUGGGAGAUUUAAAUACUAAACAUUCUGUAACGUCCUACUGUUCUGCUCCUAACCUGGGCUAAUGAAGACGGCGAAGCCAGAGAACUGUGUAUGUCGUGACAUAGAUACGCUCCUGAAGAAUGCCUUUGCCAUUGAUUGAAAUUAAUGUAUCGAUGUUUGAUCAGUAUCCUGAUGCAAUGUAAAUACACAUGUGAUAAUAAAUCAA